AUGAAGGAUAGCAUCACCAACCCGCCGGAGAAGGACCCGAAUUCGAUCAUGACUGUAGCUGACCAAGGUCAGGGAGGUCUCGAGGAAAAAACCCGAACAAAUUUGACCACUCAAUUGUCGAUUGCUCUGACAAAGGACAAUCUUGCCAUCACGACUCCCAAGCGCAUCAGCAAGCGAAACCCUUCAACAACCGCCAAGGAUGGCGCAAUGACAGGUUGCUCGCUCUUCCCAUCUGAAGUUGCGCAAGGUCAGGUUGGCCUCACGGCCAAAGCUCGAUCAAACUCUACCACUCCUUCAUCGAUCGAUCUCACUAAGGAUAAUCCUGAUCCCACGACUACCAAGAGUCAACGCAAGCAACCCCCUCCUUCCAAAACCGCCGAGGAUGGCGCAGUGCAAGGACGGCCGCUCGUUGCCUACAACAAGAAACUCAAGGUGUCAAAGUUACACAGGCUCUACAAGAAGGCUUGGAGGAAAGAGGUUUUCGGAAACCAGGCAUUUAUUACUUGGUCCUCUCGCACGGCGGAAUACUCUGGUCGGGCAAUCUCCAAAUGCCCUGGCUGGUGGGCCGAUGUCAACAUGGAUCCAACUUCCGACGCUCAAACCUACGACGACAUCGCUGCGUUCAUCCUGACCGGCCUGAAGGCGUACAACCCAUCACUCGGCGGUUCAAUGCCACAGCUUCGGUCCAGCAUGCAGAAUCUGUUCUCACUUGGAGAUCUCGAAGACGCCGCCGCCGACAAAGGUUCCUGGGCUCUUCGCGAGUACUUUCUUUGUCUCAUGACACAGUGCCCCAUGGUUGUGUUCGAUCUUGCAACGGCCCAACGCGUUAUCACUACGGAUGAAAAGUCGCCAAUCACUGAAUGUCUUGGACGUCGAGCCGCCGAGCUAUUGAAUGUCUUUCCCAUUUCCUCACAUUUCAGUCCGCAACAACUCAUUGAUAAUGUCAAUAUCAACUACAAGAGUGACAUGGUUGCUGAGCUUGGACAGUAUGUUCAUGCCAUUGGGACGGAUUCCAACAAUUCGAUGGAACCACGAAGUAUUGAAGCGAUCUACAUUGAACCUACAAAGGGACAACGUACUGGGCACAGAGUGCUCAACCUCAAUACUAAGAAGAUGAUUUCUCGACCCAAGGUUGUUGUACUACCCGUUACCAAUCAAGUAAUCCAGCGUGUUGAAGCUUGGGCUGCUGCCGAAGGUGUUACUUCCAUGAAAUUCUUUGAUACGAAGAGAGAUUUGGAGACAUUUCAAGAUGGCGAUCAAAUCGCAGGAGUGGAUGACACGGAACAAGGUUACUUAGAGGAAGCCUUUGAUCAGGACUAUGAACCUGAAGAUGAACAUGAACAUGAUUUCAAUC